UCUCUGAUUUUUUCGCCAAAAUCUGAAAUGGCAACUCCAUCAACAAGACAAAUCACGAGAGCACCAGACAAAGGCAUUUUCCCUUUGGACCAUGAAGGAUUAUGCAGACAAGAAAUGAGACAGUACAUGAAGUGCCUAAUGGCUAAUAACAGGGAAAACGCAAAAUGCAGAUCAGAGGCCAAGUCAUAUCUUCAGUGUAGAAUGGAUAAUGAUUUGAUGCAGAAAGAGGACUGGAAAAAUUUAGGAUUUCAUGAAGAAGAUAAUAUGAAAAAUCCUACUUGAUGAUAUUCAGUAAAUAUGUAUCAUUAGAUGCAAACAUUUAAUUUUUUCUGUGAUAGUAGAUCAAUGUGGGAUAUAUGUAUAUUUAAUGGAAAGCAAUUUGUCAUAUUUUUAGUCUCUG